GGGCAGAAUGUCAGCGACCCGUCCGCCUCUCCCGCUGGUCGACUCGAAGCAGCGUGAACCGUAACGUCUCUGCUGCUUGGCCAGUACCGCCUCCCACCUCCGCCGCCCUGGUCCACGGCGCUCGCCAUUGCUCGCUCGCCACGACGGCCACGAGCAUCUCCGGCCUCGUCGAGGUGUCGGCGUCUCACGGGGAGAGAAGACAGGAUUUUAAAAAGUGGGCGACGAAGAUGCACUUACUCGUCGUGCCCACGUGCUGCCUCUCCUCCACUUCGCCUCAUCCGCAACUACCAAAGCUUCCGCGGCCGCUGCCUCGCAGCCUCGGGCACUCCGCGUCGCCGCGCUUCGGCGUCCCCUUCCGCCGGGCCGUGGCGGCCCCCGCCAUGCGCCGCCGCGGGCGACGGAGGGCGGCCGCCCCUCCUCCGACCGCCGCCGCCGCAGGAGAGGCCUCCAGCGACUCCCCUGGUCCUCCAGGAGGCGAGGACAAGAGAGCUGGUACAGACCUCAAAACGCUAGCUAGAAGAUUCUGGAAAGUUGCUGCGCCUUACUGGUGGUCAGAGGAUAAGGCCCAAGCAAGGCUGCAGCUUGCUGGUGUAUUUGCGCUCACGCUGGCGACUACAGGGAUCAGUGUUGGAUUCAACUUUCUGGGUCGUGAUUUCUACAACGCCCUCGCCGACAAGGAUCAGGAACAAUUUACCAAGCAACUGCUGUACUACUUGGGAGGUUUCGCUGUAGGAGUUCCGUUCUUUGUCUUGAGGGACUAUGCAAGAGAAACCCUCUCUUUAAGAUGGCGAUCUUGGAUGACAAGUUAUUACAUGAAGCGCUACUUUAAGAACAGAACAUUCUACAAGAUUCAGUCUCAAUCACUAAUAGACAAUCCAGACCAGCGGAUCAAUGAUGAUCUAAGUGCAUUUACUGGAACUGCGCUUGCAUUUUCCCUGACACUUCUCAACGCUGUCGUGGAUUUGGUAUCAUUCAGCAAUAUCCUUUAUGGAAUCUAUCCGCCAUUAUUCGUUGUUCUUAUUGUUUAUUCUCUUGGAGGGACCGCUAUUAGUGUCUUCCUUGGUAAGAGUUUGGUCAACUUGAACUUCAUGCAAGAAAAGAAAGAAGCUGAUUUCCGUUACGGGCUUGUCCGUGUUAGAGAAAAUGCUGAAUCAAUUGCCUUUUACGGUGGUGAGGAAAAUGAAUUGCAACUUCUGUUGGAUCGGUUCAGGAGGGCUUACCAAAACCUAAGUGAAUUGCUGAUAGCGUCCCGGAAUCUGGAGUUCUUCACCAAUGGUUACCGAUAUUUAAUUCAAAUCCUGCCAGCUGCAGUUGUUGCUCCAAUGUUUUUUGCAGGAAAAAUCGAGUUUGGAGUAAUAAACCAAUCGGUGUCUGCUUUCAAUCACAUCCUCAGUGAUUUUUCUCUCAUUGUUUUCCAGUUUCAGUCAAUUAGUGCAUUCUCGGCAGUCAUUGAUCGUUUAGGUGAAUUUGAUGAUCUAUUGGGUGAAAAUGGGUCUUCUCUAUCACCCCGACGUGAUAGCAUUGAUGGGAUCAACAUUUCUUUCAAGAGUGGCAGUCCUUCUGUUCUCAGUUCUAAUGGAUCACAAAUGCAAUCUGAGCCAGGCAUAGUUCUAGAGAUUUGUGAUUUGACAUUGUUAACACCCAGGGGUGGAAAUAUUCUCAUCACUGACUUCAAUAUGGAAUUAAAAGACAAGGACCACCUACUGGUAAUGGGGCCCAGCGGCUGUGGGAAGACCUCAUUGCUGCGUGCUUUGGCUGGUCUUUGGACUAGUGGUACUGGGGAUAUCAUAUACCAUGCCAGAGAUUCUAGGCAGCUUCAGACAGCAACUUUAGGUUCUAAUGAGCCAUCCAACAUAAAGCCAGAGGGUGAAGAACUAUUACAAAGUUCCAAGCAGAGAAGAGAUAAUGGCAUUUUUUUUGUCCCACAAAGACCAUAUAUGGUUUUGGGCACUCUUCGCCAGCAAUUGCUCUAUCCUACAUGGACUGCAAAUAUACAUCAGUCACCAACUAAUGAUGCUCAAAGCAAAGCUCCUCUUUCCUUUCUGUCUGAAGUCUCCACGUCAGAUGGGGUGGGUGCCAAGCCUGAGAUGCCCUCAACUGAUGAACUGAUCAGAGUACUUGAGGUUGUUAGGCUGGGCUACAUAUUACCACGUUUCAAUGGCAUGGAUUCUGUCCAUGAUUGGGCUAGUGUUCUUUCCCUAGGGGAGCAACAGCGUCUUGCAUUUGCUCGGUUGUUACUCGCAAAACCAACUCUGGUCCUACUGGACGAGUCCACAAGUGCACUAGAUGAUACAAAUGAGGUUCAUCUAUACAGUCAGAUUGAAGCUGCAGGGAUUACAUAUAUAAGUGUCGGUCACCGGAAGACACUUCACAGGUUCCACAACAAGGUUUUGUACAUUUCAAAGUCCGAUUCGGCAACUGGCAGCCUUCGUAAUUGGGAGUUAAAGCCCACAGACCAGAAAUCAAUUGAAGAAUCAUCCCCAUUUGCUUCAUAAGAACUUCAUGCGAACCAGUUUAGGCCCCUUCCUCAAUAUUCUUAUCCCACAUUUAACCCAUUAUGGUAAAUAUUGUUGCCCUACCAAGGAUCCCAUCUCCACGAGUUCAACGUUACAACUUACAAACUGGAGCUGGACUGUUGGCGAGGUUGAUCUUACAGCUGGACUGACAAAAUUGUGGCAGUGCUACUAACCAACCUGAUAGCAGGAUACGUUCUAGGACUUGGAAUAAUCUCACCUUUUUGUUUAUGUUUAUGCUUCAUUGUUUAGAAUGAAAUAUAACAUAUGUUUAUGUACGGUUGAUAUUGCGCGCUGUUACCAACAUUUUAAUUUUUAUUAUCUGAAUUUUCUCUGUUUAUUUAUUUCA